UUCUGGUACCGACGCAAAUAGAAAAGCAAACGUGAUCUUAUAAUCUUCGGUUUCUCUUACUGUUCAUGAUGACUAACUUGUUGGAACUCACUAAUAGCUCUAGUAUUAGAGCUAUUUCUUAUUUUCUUACCUGCUACUUUAUACCGGUAAACUGGGAAAAUCCUACCUACGUUUAUGUCAUGGGAAUCGUGACAAGUACUUUAAACGCGUUAUUCGUUGUUCCAGCAUUUUUUGGGAAUGUGAUGGUUAUUGCAGCAAUCUAUAGAACACCUUCAUUACACAGCCCAUCCAACUUUCUUAUCUGCAGUCUUGCUGCAACUGACUUUCUGACAGGGGUGUUAUGCCAGCCAUUGCACGUCGUGUACAAAGUAGCCGAGUUAAGUGGAGAUUUUGAUACUUUUUGUAAGGGACGUGUAGCAAUGGAAGUUAUUGGAUGGAUUGUUUCGGCUGUAAGCUGUGUGACACUCUGUAUGAUCUCCAUCGAAAGAUAUCUGGCCUUACAUUUUCAUUUGAGGUAUCAUGAUAUUAUAUCAAUCCCCAAACUAAUUCUCCCGAUUUCAAUCUCAUGGGUAAUUUUUACCCUUCUCUCAGUGUCUCGGUUCUUCAACACGAAUUCCUCUGUUUUUACUAUGGUCAACAUGUCCAUUUUAGUUUUGAGUCUUCUGCUAACGUUUUGGGCCUACGCCAAGAUUUACAGCAUCGUUAGACGACAUCGCCGUCAGAUCCAAAGUCUUCAAAGAGCAUCCCAUCUUUCUGGGAACCAAACGGAAAUGAAUUCUCUAGACUUUGCCAAAUACCAAAAGUCAACUACAACAAUGUUCUUAGUAUUGGGACUGUUUCUUCUUUGUUAUAUUCCUUUCCUCUGUGUACAAAUUGCUUCCAAGAUGGUUGGCUAUACGAGUUCUAUAAAGGUGGCGAUUCAGUUCUCGGGCACUGUGGCUUUUAUGAACGCUUCCUUCAACCCUGUUGUUUAUUGUUUGCGUAUUCAACAUCUUCGUUGCGCUUGUCGCAAACUCAUCCCAUUUCUUAAAAACAGGGAACAAGCGAACAGUCUAUCUCUUAGCCAAAACGCUGCUCACAACGACAUAACCAACAAUUGAGAAUGGCUCGUAGUCAGUUUGUGGGGUGCUGCUUGGAGCCUCAAGCUUAGACUAUAUAGGCGUUAUUAAUUUAUAUAAAAUUCCAAAACUACUUUGAC